CAUCAUCGGAGGUUGUGCCGCAAUGCACCCGCUGUAGAGCUUCAUUAAAUAGGGAAAUAAAUUAAAUUCCGAAGAUAAAUUAACUUCUUGCGAGACCGCGUUCGUUAAGUGGCACGUUUCUCCCAGAUAAACCAACAGAGGCGCUUUGGUUGUUUCAACCAACGAAGUAUCUUUGUUGCAACGUUGCUGCUCUUCUGGAUAAAGGCAUUAACCCCUGCCUCCUUCACUUGGGUGUGGUGUGCAGACGGGCUGUGCAUUUCCACCUGCCUGCAGGAUGCAUAUGAAUAGCUUAUUGAAUCAAUGGACCGACAUCCCCAGGAUGUGUGAGGUGGGCGUGUCCUCGGAGCCCUCCAGCCCCACGCUGUACGGCGAGUCGUCCGACACCUACUACCACGUGGACCGCUGGCAGAAGCUGCGCACAGCCGUGCGAAAGCUGGAAUUCUGGGAGAACUUCACCGCCGAGCUCAUCGGGAGCGGUUUCUUCUCCAAAGUCUACAAGGUUCUGCACAACACGACAAGGAAGGUGAUGGUGGUGAAGAUCUACAAGAACGACGUGGACCAGGACAGCAUUGUGAGAGAGAUCAGUCUGCUGCAGAAACUGUCACACCCCAACAUCGUCAGGUAUCUGGGAAUCUGUGUGAAGGAAGAUAAGCUCUACCCAGUUUUGGAGUAUGUAAGUGGGGGCUGCCUGGAGGAGCUGCUGGCCAGGAAGGAUGUGCCCCUGUGCUGGCGGGAGAAGGUGGACCUGGCCUCUGACAUCACGCGGGGCAUGAUUUACCUCCACUACAAGAACAUCUACCACAGGGACCUUAACUCCAAGAACUGUCUGAUCAGAGUGACGCCGCGGGGCAGGGAGGCCUUGGUGACGGAUUUUGGGCUGGCCCGGGAGGUGGUGGAGGUGCCUGCCAAGGACCCAGAGCGGAAGCUGUCCCUGGUGGGCUCCGCCUUCUGGAUGGCCCCGGAGAUGCUAAGAGGAGAGCCCUACGACCGCAAAGUGGAUGUGUUUUCCUUCGGGAUUGUUCUAUGUGAAAUUCUGGCCCGAAUCCCUGCUGACCCGGAAAUACUUCCCAGGACACAGGAUUACGGUCUGGACGUGUCGGCGUUUCGGGAAAUGGUGAAGGGGUGCCCGCCGCGCGUGUUGGAGCUGGCCGCCAGCUGCUGCCUGAUGGAGGCCUUCCGACGGCCCUCUUUCACUGAGCUGCUGGAAGAGCUGGAGGAGGUGGCAGAGACUCUGGAACCCCCCAAUUCAGAGUUGACCACGGGCUGAGGGGAUUUUUUUUUUGCACACCGCCCCAACCCCCCCGACUCCUCCCAAAAACAAGGACGCCGCCGUAGACUUGGCCGACGCCAAGAUGUGUACAUAGACAGCAGGGACAACGAAGUGGAUGCGCUUUUUCCCGCGGGAGAACACGCAUCACAGGGAUGUUCUGAGAUCGAUGCGGAACCCUUGAUUCUGGAACCC